AUGGAUCCCCUCAACACUUCAGAUCCUGACGAAGUCGCAAGUCUGGAAGUUAUCCGGCUUUACGAAAUAGUGUCUCUGUGCCUUUUCUUCGGUGGACUGGUUUACGUCUGGCGCUCAAGAAACCCCGUCUUCUAUGGUGUCUAUUUCGCUUCCUCAAUCGGCGGGGGCGUAAUGGAAUGGAUAUUCGACAGCAAAUAUUACUUCAGGCUGACGACGGAUGAGCGGUUCAUCACUGCGUGGACCAUUGCGGAAGAAAAGGCAGCACUGGCGAUGAUUCUAUUCUACGCCUUUUUCUUCGGGAUCCCGCUCGUCUUGCUCGACUUCUAUCGCGCAAUCCUGUAUAGAAAGUUCGGAUAUUACACCACCUAUUUCCUGGUGGUGAUCCUUGGCACCAUCGGCACCCCAAUGUUCGAAUGCACGAACACAUCGGUGGCCCACAUCUACAAGUACCACCAACGAGACGAAUACUUGUUCUACGGCAUGCCUUAUUCAAAUUUUUGGUUUGGGGCGCUGAUGAUGACCCUGCCUUUCUGGAGCUUAGAGCAAGCGCACAUUCUGGUGAAGUUCAUAUCCCGCACAAGCCUGUCGAGAUGGAGGCAGAAGAUGCUGGCUUGCGAGGUUGGCUUUGCCAGCGUCAUUUCGGCCUUUUUUGUCGCGGCAACAAUUAAUGGAGUGUGGUAUUGCCUUGCCGGGGACGUUUGGACACCGACACCUAGACUGUUUUAA